GGUAUGAUGUUAUUAUCGAUCGAUCAGACUCGCUGCUUUAGAAUAGCGGAUCGGAGACGGAGUGAAACAUUUACGUUGACUACUCUUGGACAUUUUUCGAUUUCUUCGCGUCGAUUUGUUGAAAAACAUUGAAGUGAAUAUGAAAGUACACUUUAGGUCAUGGAGAUAGUGGAGUAUAUAAUAAUCUUCUGAACAGAAUCGUCUAUUAGUGACAGUUUAUUUGUUUCUUUGCAUACUGACGAUGGAAACGAAACUGAGUUGUGGACCCGCGGAGCCGUGCCUGCACUUGUGUUGAGGUUCACUAGGGACGCUUGCCUGAUGCCCGUGAGUGACGCCGCCGUAUCCAGGAUGUGCGGUGCCCCGAGAGUUAGGGGGAAGAUGUGUUGUGACGAGCGGAAAAUGUGUAGAGGCUCGCAAAGCCCAAACUUGUUUGAAAUGAUGUCGCGGUCCAAGAGGAAAAGAUGGACAAACAUGAUGCCUGGAGCGUUGGUGCUAUAUUUGACUUUACUUUGUAUGUUUCCAGGAGUAGCAAAGGCACAAAAUAGAGCAACUACAAAUGAUAUAAACUUGUUUGUUGAUGAAAAUCAACCACCAGGGACUUAUGUGGGUUCUGUGGCUGAGGAUGGUGCAACUAGCAACUCGUAUUCAUUUCUAUCUUCUCCUCCAAAUGACUUUGAAUUUCAGCUCAAUAGUAGUACAGGAAUUAUCACCACUACAGUACGCAUAGAUAGAGAGUUAUUGUCAAAUGAUUUGUUCAUACUUCCAGUGGCAGUAGCAACAUCGGCUGCCACAAAUAUUGUGGAUGUUAAAAUAACAGUCAAUGACUUGAACGAUAACUCUCCAGUUUUCCCUCAACCUGUUAUCAGUUUGUCAUUUUCUGAGAAUGCGGACAUUGGAAGUGUGCAGAUUCUUCCAUCUGCUAUGGAUGCUGAUAAAGACAGUAACGGCUACAUUAGUACGUAUCGGAUUGAAAGCGUGAGUGGAGAAGGAGAUGAUGUCUUUUCGCUCCAAACUUUCCGUCCUCGUGAAGAUGCUGAGUACACAGUCUCACUUGUCACCAACUCACUUCUCGACAGGGAGACAGAGGAUUUUUACAUCUUGAAUAUUUCUGCUACUGACAACAGCUCAACCCCUAGAACUGGUUAUCUCAUUGUUAAUGUCACCAUCACAGACGUCAAUGAUAACUCCCCAAUUUUCACCCAAACGACCUAUGUUGCUACGGUCAAUGAAAGCUCAGCAGCUGGAACAUCAGUUGUGCACCUCAAUGCUACCGACAUUGAUGAAGGUUCAAAUGGUGAGAUUGUGUACCGUUUGAAAAAUGAGCAAUCUGAUAACUUUGCCCUGGAUCCUGAUACGGGAUGGAUCACUCUUCUUCGUCAGUUACCAUAUACUUCUAAUGGUUAUCUGUUUGAGGUCACGGCUACAGACAAAGGAUCACCUUCCCAAUCGAGCUCUGCAUUUGUAAAGGUUAUGGUAGAGGAUGAAAAUGAUAACAGUCCUGUCAUUAUGGUGUUAACUCAAGACAUUGAAGCCAGUGGUGUUCAUCAAAUUAGUGAGACCAUUAUACCAGGACCUCUUUUCACUCUCAGAGCCAUGGAUGAUGACAGGGAUGACAAUGGAAGGGUUUCUUUGAACAUCUAUAGUGGUAACGAACGGAAUGACUUUUCAGGGAGCUCUAUUCCUCUGCCAAAUGGAGAUGUGAUCUUCGUCCUCCGGGUAUCUCAAACGGCUAAUAUCGAUAGGGAGAUAACGGCUUCUUACAACCUCACAUUUGUUGCACAAGACAUGGGAACACCAACCCAGACAACAUACAGAUCCAUUAUCAUUUAUGUUGUGGAUGAGAAUGACCAUGCCCCUGAGUUCCUCCAGGGAUCUUACCAUGCCCGUCUUUCGGAAUCGUUGCAGAUUGGCAGUUUUGUGGAAAGUGUGACUGCUACUGAUGCAGAUGUUGGAAUCAAUGCUGAUAUAGUCUAUUCCAUAACUGGAGAUGAAUAUGGGUGGUUUCAAAUAGAUAAUAAAACUGGACUUGUGACAACUAAGGAAGAGCUGGAUCAUGAAACAGCAGCCCAGGUCACCCUUACGAUAACAGCAUCUGACCAAGGCCUGGAACCCAUGACAAACACCACCACCCUUACCAUUGAUAUUCUUGAUGAGAAUGAUGAGUAUCCUGUCUUUAAUCAGAGCACAUACAGUGAGACUGUUCGUGAGAACUCUCCUGGCCGGGAUCUGGUUCAAGUUCUUGCUACAGAUUUAGAUAAUGGAGUGAAUGGAGAAGUAACCUACACGAUUAGCAGUGACGAGUACUCUGACAUUUUCAGUCUUGAUUCAGAGAGUGGAUUGCUUCAAAUAACAGCAUCUCUAGAUCGUGAAGAACAAGAUUUAUAUGAACUUGAAAUCAUUGCAUCAGAUGGUGGUGUACCUCCACUUCAGGCCACCGCUACUGUCAAUAUUGCUGUGUUAGAUCAAAAUGACAAUCCCCCUCAAUUCUAUCCCACAGAUUACUAUGCGAGUAUAAGGGAGAAUGGACCAGCUGGACUCUUUGUUACCAUCGUUUCAGCAACAGAUCUUGAUGUUGGUGUUAAUGGAGCAAUCACUUUCUCUCUCUCAAACUCAUCAAAGUUCCAGAUUGACAGCAGAUCUGGAAACGUUACCACGCUAGAGUCACUCGAUAGGGAGCAGGAAUCCUCUUAUACCCUUACAGUACAUGCCCAAGAUGGUGGAGGAGAAUCUGCCACUCAACCAGCAACAAUCUAUGUCUCUGUCACUGAUACCCUUGACAAUCCUCUUGAAUUUGAAUUAAACCCUUACAGAUUUCAGCUGGAAGAAAAUCGCCCUAAUAGUACAGAAGUUGGAACUGUCCUAGCUACAAGUAUGGAUUUAAAUGUAGAAAUAACAUAUGCGAUUGUCAAUGGAGAUCCAAAUGGACUGUUUGUGAUUGACUUCUAUUCUGGGGUCAUCAAGACAAGGCGUUCUAUUAACCGUGAAGCAUUUGAAUCUGCUACUUUCCGAUUGACAAUUUUAGCUGUUGAUGGUUCUCAAAAUGGACAGACUGUUGUUGAGAUCGAGAUCUUGGAUAUCAAUGAUAAUGCACCAGUCUUCGCACUCCAGGAAGAUCAGGUGGAUGUGGUUGAAAACUGGGCUGUUGGAUAUGAAUUCUACGCUGUACAAGUUACAGAUGCAGAUAGUCCUCCAAAUAAUGCGAUCCUUUAUGACAUAUCGUUGAACUUUGACAACCGCUUUGGCAUCAAUCAUACUUCUGGAGUGUUGUUCUUGAGGAAGGAUCUGCAAAGCUACCCAGAAAAGGAGUAUUAUCUGCAAAUCCAGGCUACAGAUUAUGGCACCCCUCCCCUGUCUUCCAGUAUGAACCUCCUUGUCAGCGUACGAGAUGUCAACAACAAUGCUCCUGUUUUUGCUGACUCUAUUAACACAACUCUGAGAUUAACAGAAUCUAUUCCUGUCAACAGAAUAGUCAUCCAUGCUUUGGCCACAGAUGCUGAUGAAGGUACCAAUGGUGAAAUCACCUACAGCAUUGCCAGUGGGAAUACAGCAGACAGCUUUGGUAUAUUUCCUGAUGGCAUGGUGUAUGUAAAGAGAGCACUGGAUAGGGAGCAGGUUGACCAGUAUGACCUGGCCAUUGAAGCUACAGAUGGUGGUGUGCCGUCCAUGACCUCUACACUCAUGUUAGAAAUUAUCAUUCUUGAUGAAAAUGAUAACCGACCUUUCUUUGACAAUGCCACCUACAAUUUCUACUUAUCAGAGGAAUCUGAUGUCAAUGCAUUUGUUGGUACAAUCCAUGCAGUAGACAAUGAUGUUGGUAAAAAUGGAGAACUUACCUACUCUUUCACAGCAAAUCACAGUCUCUUUACACUUAACCCUAUGUCUGGUGACAUAACAUCUAAAGUGAGCCUUGAUAGAGAAAGCCUUGUUGAAUCAGGCCAGCCAACUACCUUUUUUAUUCGUGUUCGAGUCCGUGAUGGUGGACAGUCGCCCCUUCAAGAUCAUGCUGAUGUGAACAUUCAUAUUGUUGAUAUCAAUGACAGCCCUCCAACAUUCAACCGUGAGAGUUAUCAGGCCUCUGUUUCGGAACUAGCUCAGAAUCAAACAUUGAUCAUCAGAGUCAGUGCCACAGAUGACGACGUUGGAGAUAAUGCUGAUAUCCUUUACAGCAUCAUUGGUGGAAAUGAAGAGCGACGUUUUCAUAUAGAUCAUGUACUUGGCCAGAUAAUCCUUAUUGCUCCUUUGGAUCGUGAAGUAACUGAUAACUAUGUUUUAAGGGUGAAAGCUCGCGAUGGAGGUACCCUUCCGCAGGAAUCGAUGGUUGAUGUUGAAAUCACAGUCCUUGAUGAGAAUGAUCACAGACCUUCCUUUGAUUCGAAUGUGCAGAGAGAGAUUGAGGUUACAGAGUGUCUGCAAAUUGGUGAUAUCAUUGGUAGUGUCCGAGCAACAGACAUGGAUAUCAAUAGCAAUGGAUGGGUUUCUUAUACAAUCACUGGAGGUAAUCUUGAUGGAGUAUUUGGAGUCAAUAGCAACUCUGGUGAAAUGUACUUGACAGGGUUCCUUGAUCAUGAGGCAACAUCCCAGUACUUGCUUAACAUAACAGCUCGUGAUGGUGGCAGUCCUUCUCUUCAGGCUGUUUUAUCCUUAGUCAUAAAUAUCAGAGACUGCAACGAUAAUAGUCCUAUCUUUGCUUAUGUUGGAGUUCCUGAAAUUAAUGAAGAGGAAGCUGAAGGAUUUCAAGUUGUUAGAGUCAGUGCCUCUGAUUCAGACUCUGGAGUCAACGGUGAAGUAAGCUUUUCCAUCUCAAGUCAGCGACCUGCCGGGGAUUUCUUUGCUAUUGACCCUGAGAGUGGCUGGAUCACCACCAGUAGUCGAAUUGAUAGAGAAUCUGAAGUGAUGGCUACAGAUCAGUUCAUCCUUACUGUCCAUGCCACUGACCUGGCUGUCCCUGUGGAGAGUAGACGUACUGCCACUGUUGAUGUUGUCAUCUUUGUCAGAGACAUCAAUGACAAUGCACCAAGGUUUACUUCUCAGCAGGCUGCUAUCAUUUCAAGAAGCACCUCAACAAACACCAAAGUGGCCACAUUGCAUGCUGAUGAUCCUGAUACUGGUGUCAAUGGUCAGGUCACCUACACAUUGCUCUCAACAGGGGUGCCUUUCAGACUGGACUUGAACUCAGGUGAUCUGACCCUUACACAGACCAUUCCAUCAUCGGUCAACCUCUAUUCCUUGGACAUUCAGGCCCAGGAUGCAGGCAGCAACCCCCAGCAGCAGUUGACCACCUUCACCCUGACAAUAAUCAUCUCAGACGGCCAGAGCUCUGUGUUGAACUAUGUCCAGAGUUCUUACUCUGGAUCAGUACGUGAGAAUCAACCCUCUGGGACUGAAAUCGUUAAUGUUGUGGCACAGUACGCUGAUGGCCGCUCUGCGGCGGUGAGGUACUACGUUUCUGGUGUGACUGCGGGAGGAGUCAACAAGGGAAACCUGAUUGUUGCUAGUCCUACCAAUGGAAUUAUACGUACUGGUGAUGUCCUGGACCGUGAAGACCUGGGUGGAGGAUCAUCUCUAGUGGCUACUGUCUACGCUGUUGACACAAGCUCUUCAUCUUCCCAUGUGAAAAGUGUGCAGGUAAGAAACUGAUUUUGAUAAUUCUAGCUAAUGAUAUCAUCAAACCCAAAACUAAACCACUGGAUGGUCCCUAAAAAUAAUAUAACCAUUGAUAUCGUUAUUUUUCAAACUUGAUUCUCCAAACUUGUAGUGAAAUACCUGGUUUACGGUUUCAUGAUAUCAAAGCACCAUGUCAUUCCAUGUUGAUUAUGCUGUUGUCAUUGACUUUGAUGCUUGCACAUUUGAAAAACAGAGAGUGGAAGUGAGAGAGAUAUUGAAAGGGGGGGGGGGCAGAGAGAGAGAAAGAGGCUCAUACAUACAGUACAUGUAUGAAAGUGGGGGUUAAGCAGGCCUGGGGUAAGAUACCAGAUAUAAACAUUGACCUUCCAUUUUCCCCAGGUAAUAGUGAUGCUUUCAUUCUGACUCAAAAGCUGUGAAUACCGUUUCCUCUGACUAGGAAAUUAAAUCUGAUCUACCUUGCAUUUAAAUUGUGAUUUUUAAAGCAUUUUGAACUACAUGUACAUGUACUACAUGUCCGAUACUUGAAUCCUAGUUUAUAUUACAGUACAACAUCGCCUUUCUAAAAUUCAAAAGCUGGCGUAAAUGGGCAUAAACAUAAUUUUAGUCUCUGCCUUUGUAUUUGCUUGAAUACUGUAAAAUACAUGUAUCUCUUACUGAAAGUUGUGCCCCAUUGCCUUGUUGAAGAUUGCGUGCAAGCUAAUUGUUUGUCACCUCCACUUUGAAUACAGUAGUCUAUCCAUGUUUUGUGCCAUUUCAGAGCUACAGAUUUUCCUUUUGUACCUCUCAGUAAUUGGGUCUGCGUGUUCAGAAAAGAAAAUAGGACAAGUCUUUUUUUCUCCGUUAAAAAAGGCAAUGGUACCUUGAAAACAUGUUUCUAAUAAAUGCUUCCUACAGUACAUGUACAUGAUUAUGUAUCAAAAUACUUGUCCUCAAAGAACAAGGUCUACAUGUAUAUAUUGCAAAUUAGAUAUCUUAGACCUUUUUCAAAAUUUUGAUGAUGAUGAUAAUGAUCUGCCAUGUACUGUACAGUGCAUGACUUGACAGUCAUUUAAAAUUUAAAUACUCUUUGAAAUGUUGCUUUUCAUUGAUUUCUUACAAAUUUUUAUCUGAGCAAAAAAAAAAAAUGAUAUGAAAUAACAGCAGAUUUCCUUGAUGAAAAGGAGUUUGCUCAUUUCGGUCAACAUAUCAGUGAAAUGGAAAAUAAGGAGAAUGCAUGUACAGGAUACAGUUAUUAUAUUCUUGAUCGAACUCUGUACAUGCCCACAGUGAUCAGUUUUCAUUUUGUCUAGGAUGGAGUGAUUCUUAAAUAUCGCUUCAAAUCCUGAAAUCAUUCUCACUAAACAUUUUUCACGAGAUUAAACUCCUACAAAUAAUCUCCCAAUGACUUUGUGCAAGUGACAGUAAGAGAUUACUUCUGUCUGCCUGUGUGUGGGAUGGAUGUCGAAAAGGGCAUUUAUGGAGAGAAAUACGCUUGAAAUAGACAGCUGGACCCAUCCAACACCCUUACAUGUACAUAUAGACAUUUCCAUGCAUUUAUAUUCAGUAAUCUAGCCUGUUAAAAGUGCCCCUUUUGAAAGUUCUUAUCUAAAUCUUGCUAUUAUGGAAAGUGUCUUUGUGAUAAUCCCCAAUGUCUGAAAUUUACUGGUCCAGAAAGAGUGAUUGGUAGGCCUACAACACACAGAGGAAAGUUUUGUUCAUGUGUCAUUCAGUGUUUGGUCAUGAUUGACCAAAAGAUAGACCUGUAGGCAUAUACAUGUAAUUAAUAUUCCAAUAUGUUAUGGGAUUGUAUUGGGCAGUGUGUAUGUGAAUGAAAUUUAUUGUGAAAGUAGGCUUUUCAAAAGAUUUGAUGAGAUUCAUUUGUCUUGAAAUGGAAGUUGAUUUUGUUUAAGCACUUUUCUGCUACACUGUAGGUGCUGACAGAAUAUGAUUUCAAGUUUCAAAACAAUUUGACGUUCACUCAGUUACUUGAAAAUUAUCACAAAAUUCUUACAUGUUCAUGUAACAACAUGGAUCCUAGUAUGGUAACUAGGCCUAAUGGUAACACUGAACUAAAUCUCACAAACAAGCAAUGGCUGUUUUUUUUCUAAUUAAAUUAUGAAAUGAAUCUUGUCUUUCAAACCAAAUGUAAGGAAAUUGCAUUUGUAUUGAAAUAUUUUCGUAGGAAAAUGUCUGCCUAUUAUAGGCCUACAAGAUUACAUCAUAAGGUUUACAUCAUGUAGAAGUAGGUUACACAUUUUCGUGUACAAAAAGUAAACAAAAAGUACUGUGGAUUGAGGUGUUAGUUGCCUAUUGCCAAUCAUAAACCCUUUGUAAUUGACUAGUAAUAAAGGAGAUAAGGGAUUUAAUCCAGAUUAAAGUUCCAAGGGUAUUAACACCAAGUUGUUUAGGUGUUAAUUAGAACCAUUCUUUUUUACUACCCACUAUAUGUUACAUGUACAAAGUCUACAAUACAUCUACCAUUUUAAUUCAAGUACAUGUGUCAAUCAUAGAGACUGUUUGAGCAAGUCAGUUUGUGAUAACUUGAACUUGAACUUUGUUUUGGCAUGCCAAUUUGCAAAUACACGUAAAGUGAUACAAUUAACCCACAUGUUUUUAAAUAUACUGGUUUUUAUCUCUUAACUGUUGACAUACAUGUAUAGGCCUACAAUGUACAUGUUGGCUGUAAGUGUUGCAAACUUCUAUUUAAAGCUGUCAAUUUAUGGGAAUUUUCUGUUUUAGAUAGACUAGAAGAUCACAGCUAUGACACAGGCAAAAAAUCUAUUUUUUAAAUUUUUGGAUCUACAUGUAAUUUUUGCAGCUUACUACCUCAAUCUGCAACAUAAAGUUUAACAUUGUUAUGAAUGGGGAAUUUCCAGGGCUCUUUCGAACAUUUGGGGGGCAAAAUCAUCCUGAGCCCCUUGUAAUUAUUCCCUGGACUACAUCUACAUGUAUGACAAAAAUGAUAUAGGCAAUCACACCUAUAAUAAACACUUUAUUAAUUUUAAACCUGACCAUACAUGUACAUUUUCCAAAGGAUAUAAAAGGGGUACUUCUUGUAGGCCGACUCCAGCAUUCAUCGAGCUCAAGUAGGGCUCUGUAUUAAAACCAAGUCGUAAGAACAGAUAAUGUUGUAAACUUGUAAUGGAGUAUUAAAACUGUUUAGCACAUAAUCCUGAUGUCUGGAACUUAUCACCAAUGAUAGUUUACAAGAUGUUAACAGUCAAGGCCGUGUGAUGAUAGAAACUCUUGGCUUUAGACACUUUUAUUGACAAUUUAAAUCUUUGUCCUGAAAUGAACCUGGCCUGCCCAGCCAAUAAAUGUCACUUAUUUGAUAGUUUCACCAGAUUGAUUUGUUAUAUCGUUUAUUCACUUUGAACAGUAAAAUCACUUUGAAGCCAAACACAUCAAAAGAUUAAUUACCCAAUAUGACAAGUUUUAAAGUGUCAGAGACACUCACAUUCCUGUCAGUAAUUUAUACUUUGUACAUUAUUUCAAAAGUUUAGAUUAAGAAAUAUCUGAUGUAAAUUAAAAAUGAUUAUUAUGCUGCAUUGAAUUAAAUAUAGUUGUUGUGACAUUGUUAUACAUUAGAUGAAUUACAAAUUAUACAAAUUCAAAAUUACAAAUUGAGAUUUUACAAAAAAUUAAAAAUUAAAAUGGCAGUACAUCUACAUGUACAUGAUAUACACUGUAGGCUUGAUAUAUAUUGCACAUAUAGUCAAAUGCAUCAAAUUACAGUUUAUACUCCAUUUAUUUUAUAUUUGACAAAUGACAAGUAGGUAAUGAUGAUUUAUUUCUAAUUUUCAAACUUAAACAUGUACACUGUAAAACCACAAUUUAAUUUAUCACAGUUAUGGGAUAUUUUGUAGACCUAUUAUGUACAUUGUAGGUCCAUGGCCAGAGUCUUCGAAAGGAUGUGUCAUGUACAUAGGUCUACAGUGUAAGAUGCUUCUUUCUGUUUUCCAUGACACAGUGUUAGUGUUCAAGUUAAUCCUUCUAUUUUCUGCCUGUUAAAUUGGCAAGCCAUACCCUGACAAUAGAAGAAGAAUACUCGUUAGACCAAGUAUUGAUUAGUCAUUCCUUUAGUGUGCUAGGCCUAACACUGAACAGCUUUCUCUUUCAUAGAACACAUAUAUAUACCACAAUCUAUUCAUUCUCAUGGCCCAAGCCUCUGCUCCGCACUGAAACAGCCUGGCAUUCUCACAGCCGAAGCAAAGGCACGCAAUGUAUAGGGCUGAGGGCUCAUUUCCAUAUGAAUAGCACACGGUUGUUGAUUGUGGUGACGAUGUAACAUUUUUCUCUUGUGUGUGUGGCUUCAUCAGGGUUGGAUCAUGGAUCCGAUGCCUCCUGAAGAAGAAAACAACCAAGGUCUCACCCCACAAUAAUCCUCCAUCAUCGUCCUGACAAGACAAUUGAAGACUCUCUCACCCACCCCUUACCCCUUGGUUUGAAUGCUAUGGUAGAUUCAAUGUUGGGUGUUGAAAUUUUACCCUUUUGUUCCAGGCUGUAGCCACUUUCCCCCUCCUGUGAAAGUAUAGAUGGCAGUGCAAACUGCACACCAGUGUCAGGAUGUGACUAGAAUUGUCUGCUGGCCAGUAUUUGAUUAGUGACCAUCCUCUAUUAUACUUUGGGUUUGUGUUAAGGCUUUAUUUGAAAUGUGAAAAUUGGAAUGAGGAUGGGUCUUGAAAAGUGUCCUUUCAGAUACUCUGUGCGUGCUGAAGUGUCAUAAUCCCCUCAUGGAAUCUCAUGUUUUAAAAAUGUUCUCCAUUUUUGAAUUGGCACAAGGAUUUUGCUGAAUAUUGUAAAAAAACUACAUGUACAUGUAUAGCCAACUCAAACAACUUUAUAACAUCUAUUACACAGCAUUUCAUAAUUUCAUUCUGCCACACAAUAAAUUAAAUGGCUAUUUUCUUAAUUCACUUUUUUUUAAAAAUAUAUAUUUGCACAUUCACAAGUUUUUCAGCUUUCUGUCUAUAAAUCCCAGUGACACAAAGUCAAUACAUGAAAGGGGAAAAACAAAAUUGAAAACUUUACUCAGUUUGUAAAACCCACACCCAGUCAUCUCUCAUCUUGACGUUCACAUGUAUGCUCAAUGGUUGUUUAUUUCCCAUUUGGUAUACACUGAAAUAGGAUUGGCAAAUUUGUUAAAAUAACCAGUGUGCUGUUGGAUACCCCCCCCCCCCCAAAAAAAGAGAGAAAGUAAUCAUAAAAUUUAAAGAAAUAUUCUACCAAAGUUAAGUUGAUUUUGACCCUUCGCUCAUUGCGUAGGCCUAUGCACAGAUUAAAAGUCAAUUAAUUUCUUGACAAUUAUUUUACAGUUCUUGGUUUAUGAAGAAACUCAAGAAGUAAUUCUUUUUUCAGUUUCAUGAAAUAAAGACAGUGCAUAUAGAGUGUUUAUGUUCAGUGUACAUACAUGUAUGCAAGUAGGUGCAUGGGACAUUCCUAUGUCAUGACCAACUUAUGAACUCUUGGUGGGAAUGUAUGUUUAUCUCACCUGUUUUAUUUACUCUUUGGUCUCUGUGAUUUCAUGUAUGGUGAAGAGAUUAAAAAAUAUUGUACAUUUUAUGAAUACAACUUACCAAGGCUAUACAUAUUCAUGUUAGGUACGGAUAUUUAUUGUCGCUGUUAGUACCUGUGCAUGUAUGCACAUUACUUGCAUGUAGGCCUACAUGUAUGUACAUGUACAUAUAUAUACAUGUAGAUUCAAUUAAUAGAGGUCUGUUCAAUUGAUCAUCUAGCAUAUCACUUGUGAUAUGAAUCCAAGCUUUUACAUAGUUUCAAUAAUUCAUAACUUUAGUAUUUGUACAGAGUGUGGUUUUUGUUGAGGUUGUAGUGCAUGUAGGUUGUAGUAGGAC